AAGGCAAAUCAAUUGCAGCCAGGAGAGUUGCUAAUAAUAUUGAGUCUCUCUCUCUCUCUCUCCACACCACUCCCCCUCCUCACUUCCACUACACAUAUUCACCGGUUCUGUUGGUCAUUUGUGUGCUUCAGAUCAGCAACAGGCAGUAGGGAGGAGGGAGGAGAGAGGAGAGAGGAGAAAGGGAUGCUCGGAAGUGGGGGUGCCUCUCUAACUCCUGCAACAUGAACUCGGGAAAUAUAUGGAUCUUCUUCCUGUUGACUCUGCCGUCUCUUGGUCUUGGAAUGUCUCAAGCAGAAUGCGAAGCUUUAACAGAAUGGAAGAAAAACGAGAGUGAAUGCCUCAAGGAGAUUCGGCAGCACAUGAAUGAAACAGCAGGUUGCAAGAGAAUAUGGGACCAACUCCUGUGCUGGCCGGAUACAAAUGCUGGACAAACGCUCACCUUUACCUGCCCGGGCAUCCUUCUCCACUUCACAAAACAUCCAGGCUCAGUGAAAAGAAGCUGCACGGCUCAGGGCUGGUCUGAACCAUUUCCACCCUAUUCCACAGCAUGUCCAGUGGAAGAUGAGGUUACUCUUUAUGAGCAUGCCUACCUGACAACCGUCAAAACCAUCUACACUGUGGGCUACAGCAUCUCCACCACCUCCCUUGCUAUGGCCAUCAUGGUCCUCAUCGCAUUCAGGAGGCUCCGUUGCCCCAGAAACUACAUCCAUGUCCAUCUCUUUUUCACCUUCAUCCUGAAGACCAUUGCCGUCUUCGUCAAGGAUGAGGUUCUUUUCAAAACAGAAGAUGUUGACUAUUGUAGCUUUUCCACGACCGAAUGCAAGAUCUCGGUUGUUUUCUGUCAAUAUUUCACAAUGGCUAACUUCAUGUGGCUGCUGGUGGAAGCUCUCUACCUCAACUGCCUGCUGCUGUCCUCCUUUCCCCAUGGAAGAAAAUAUUACUGGUGGCUCAUGCUGUUUGGCUGGGGUGUUCCAACGUUUUUUACCAUACUGUGGAUAUUAGUCAAGGUGCAUUUCGAAGACAUUUCUUGCUGGGAUGCAAACCAAGGUUCUCCUUACUGGUGGCUAAUCAAAGGACCCAUUAUCUUUUCUGUCGGGGUCAACUUCAUUCUUUUUAUCAACAUAAUCAGAAUCCUGCUGAAAAAACUGGACCCGGGACAAAUCAGUUUCAACAACUCAUCUCAGUACAGACGCCUCUGUAAGUCGACUCUGCUCCUCAUCCCUCUGUUUGGGACACAUUACAUCAUCUUCAAUUUUCUUCCCGAUUACGCCAACGUGGGGGUCCGGCUCUCCCUGGAGCUCUGCAUUGGAUCAUUCCAGGGCUUCAUUGUUGCUGUUCUGUACUGCUUCCUAAAUCAAGAGGUACAGGCGGAAAUUUGUCGGAAAUGGCGUGGCAACAGCUAUGGAUUUAUGCCGAUUUGGAGGAAGAGGACAAGGUGGACGGUGCCAUCGAGUUCUGGCAUCAAGAUGACAACCUCGGUGUGUUAGGCGUGACUGAUAAGGCAAAAAGAAACAGGAAGGACCAGAAGAAAGGAAUGUGGAGUUUUGGGAGAAGCUGUCACCCAGAUUCAUCACUAAGCUGAGAGUUAGUUCUCUAAACCAAGCACCUCCAUCGCUUAAAGAUUGUGGCUUCAGCAUAGAACAUUCUGACCUCAUUUCUCAGAUUUUGGAUCUCUUGCACCUGCCUCUGAAGUGGAAAUGAUGGUUAAGAAAUCUCCAUUGUCCCCCCCCCUCCUCAAAUUGUGGUAUACAGAGCGCUGCAUCCUGCUUAUUUCAGCUCCUUCAUUUUGCUUUGUGGAAUAGACUAUGGCUCAAGCCCCUGCUUUGCAAGCAAAAUUCAACAAUUGGCAAGAUCAGGGAGCAGAUUAUUGACUUGGAUUUGAUUUAAUAUUUGUAUUCUGCUGUACCAGCGACAAAUGUUGAGCUCAGGGAGGCUCCCAAUAAUCACAAAAACCUUGAAAACACACAAACGUCCCAAACAUUGCAAUUGCUAUAAUAUCAAGGUAAAGGUAAAGGUACCCCUGACCGUUAGGUCCAGUUGCGGACGACUCUGGGGUUAAGCGCUCAUCUCGCUCUAUAGGCCGAGGGAGCCGGUGUUUGUCCGCAGACAGCUUCUGGGUCAUGUGGCCAGCAAGACUAAGCCACUUCUGGCAAAACCAGAGCUGUGCACGGAAACGCCAUUUACCUUCCUGCCAGAGUGGUACCUAUUUAUCUACAUCACCAGAUUCAUCCAAACAAUUAAUACAAUUCGAUAAAGCCAUAGUAACUCACGGUGUUGCCAAGAUACAUCACAACAUGGAAACUUCAGAACAAAAAAUAAAAUAAAAAUAGAUUAGCUGUGCCCUACUGCGAUGUGAAAGGGGUAGUCAAGAUGGGCCUCUAGAGAUGAACUACAACUCCCAUCACCCCCAACUAUUGGCCCUGCUGUUUGUGGCUGAUGGGAGUUGGAGUCCGCUGAUUGGACUCCAUGUUGGCUAUUUCCCAGCCCUCAAAUGUAUGUCCUGAUUCUCCUUUAUAUAGGAGAAGAGGUUGCUCAUCUUGUCACAUGGUCACGCCAGUCUAUUUGUGGGCCGGUAGAGUCACCGCCAGCCAGGACUCUAACACAGGGAUGAGGGACAUGGGACCCGCUAGGCCAGCGUUUCCCAAACAUGGGUCUGCAGUUGCUUUUGGACUACAAUUCCCAUCAUCCCUGACCACUCGUCUUGCUCAGAGGCGAAGCAACCUGCUCCUGUACCUGGAGCAGCGCUUGUCCC